AUGUUUGGGGCAGCUGCUUAUUCUUCUACUACUGCCGCCACCACCGCCGCCAACGCUGCCCACGCGGAGAGCACUCUCAACACCGUUCGCUGCGCCUUCCAAAGGAAUACUCUCAUUUCUCCCUCUCCUUCUCCUUCGUUUCACUCGAUUGUCUGCGGUCGCUUUCGUUUUCUAUCGCUACGCUCCAGCAAUUCUGUUUCAACCAAAGCCAUGGCUGACUCGCAAACCCUCGCUGUUCCAAAACACGACCCGCAGUCCUCUGCCCCCGGCAAUAAGCAAGCAUUGAUAUCUUUGUCCGACAAGAAGGACCUGGCCUUUCUUGGCAAUGGCCUUCAAGAAUUAGGGUACACAAUUGUUUCGACUGGAGGAACUGCAUCUGCCUUGGAAAGUGCUGGUGUCCCUGUAACCAAAGUGGAGCAGCUUACUUGUUUCCCUGAAAUGCUUGAUGGUCGUGUGAAAACUUUACAUCCUCACAUACAUGGUGGUAUUCUUGCUAGAAGAGACCAAAAACAUCACAUGGAAGCUCUUAAUAAGCAUGGAAUUGGUACAUUUGAUGUGGUGGUUGUGAACUUGUAUCCCUUUUAUGAUAAAGUUACUGCCACCGGAGGAAUUGAAUUUAAUGACGGCAUAGAGAAUAUUGAUAUUGGUGGCCCUGCCAUGAUUAGAGCUGCUGCGAAGAAUCACAAGGAUGUCUUGGUUGUUGUUGAUUCACAAGACUAUCCUGCACUCCUUGAAUACCUCAAAGGCAGUCAGGAUGAUCAACAGUUCCGGAGAAAGCUUGCUUGGAAGGCUUUUGAGCAUGUUGCUUCUUAUGAUUCUGCAGUUUCAGAGUGGCUCUGGAAACAAACUGUGGGAGAUAAAUUCCCUCCCAACUUGACACUUCCAUUAUCCCUCAAAAGUUCACUUCGAUAUGGUGAAAAUCCUCAUCAGAAGGCUGCAUUUUACAUUGACAAGAGUCUCUCUGAGAUCAAUGCUGGUGGUAUUGCAACAGCUAUUCAACACCAUGGGAAGGAAAUGUCAUAUAAUAACUAUUUAGAUGCUGAUGCCGCAUGGAACUGCGUGUCGGAGUUUAGGAACCCUACAUGUGUGGUUGUAAAGCACACAAAUCCCUGUGGGGUAGCUUCUCGUGAUGAUAUCCUUGAGGCUUACAGGCUGGCUGUGAAAGCAGAUCCAGUGAGUGCGUUUGGAGGAAUUGUAGCCUUCAACAUAGAAGUAGAUGAGGCUCUUGCUAGGGAGAUCCGAGAGUUCCGAAGCCCAACAGAUGGUGAAACUCGGAUGUUUUAUGAGAUUGUUGUGGCUCCUAAGUAUACAGAGAAGGGGCUUGAGAUCCUCCUUGGAAAAUCAAAGACAUUGAGGAUCCUUGAGGCAAAGAGGAAUGAGAAAGGAAAGCUCUCACUUCGACAAGUUGGUGGUGGUUGGUUAGCCCAGGAUUCAGAUGACUUGACCCCCGAAGAUAUUCAGUUCAAUGUAGUAUCUGAGAAGAAGCCACAAGAUAGUGAGCUUCGUGAUGCAGAAUUUGCAUGGCUAUGUGUUAAGCAUGUCAAAAGCAAUGCUAUUGUAAUAGCAAAGGACAAUCGUAUGUUGGGUAUGGGAAGCGGCCAGCCAAACCGUCUGGAGAGUUUGAGAAUAGCUUUGAGGAAAGCAGGAGAUGAGGUCAAAGGAGCUGCUUUGGCUAGUGAUGCAUUCUUCCCAUUUGCUUGGAACGAUGCAGUGGAAGAAGCUUGCGAAAGUGGUAUUGGAGUCAUUGCUGAGCCUGGUGGGAGCAUUAGAGAUGGGGAUGCCGUGGACUGUUGUAACAAGUAUGGAGUUUCAUUAGUUUUCACCAAUGUGAGGCACUUUAGGCAUUGAUACUUGCAGUCUCCAUUUUGCCUCGGUUCAUCCUCAUGCUUCAGCCUAGCUCCAAUGGGGAAGACUGUAGUUGCGGGAGGAUGCAUGAGUAUGCCACAUUGUUGUGCAAUUUAUAUGACUGUAUAUUCACAGCAUAAGAAAUGUUGUGUUUAUAUUUAAAUUUUUGAAGUUGAUCCUGCAGUUUUGUACUGGACCUCUAUUGCUGUUCUUUGUUUGCAAAAUAAUAGAGAAUGAGAGCUUAAUUUA